GUUAUGUCACGUUAAGAUAAAUUGUCAACUUGUUUGAGUUAAUUUAGAGCAAAACACAUUUUUAAUAUUUUUUAAUUGCAAGAGAAACAUGGUGCGAAAACUUAAAUAUCACGAACAGAAAUUAUUGAAGAAAGUAGAUUUUAUUUCCUGGGAAGUUGACAACAAUCUACAUGAAGUAAAGGUUCUAAAAAGAUAUCACAUUCAAAAACGAGAAGAUUAUACAAAAUACAAUAAAUUAUCAAGAAAUAUUCGAGAAGUGGCCAGAAAAAUAAAAGAAAUAGACCCCAAACAUCCCUAUAGGACAGAAAGUAGUGCACAAUUGUUAGAAAAAUUGUAUCUUAUGGGACUCAUUCCUACUAGGUGGGACUUAAGUUUGGCAGAAAAAGUAACAGCUUCUUGCUUUUGUAGACGCAGAUUGGCAGUAGUAAUGGUAAGAAAUAAAAUGUCAGAAAAUAUAAAGGGAGCAACGAAAUUAAUAGAACAAGGUCAUGUAAGGGUAGGACCAGAAUUAAUCAAAGAUCCUGCAUUUCUAGUUACUAGGACACUUGAAGAUUUUGUUACAUGGGUAGAUAGUUCUAAGAUCAAACGACAUGUAUUGGAAUAUAACGGACUACGUGAUGAUUUUGAAAUGUAAGUUAAGUGUUGCACGUGUGAAAUUGAAAAUGUUGAUUUUGUAAUAAAAUAGAAAGCCACA